CGCCGGGUAAAACUCACUCUGAUCAAAGCUCUCAGCGGGCUGCUGCUGGACGGAGGGACAGAAGGGGACAUGUGUUAUAAAGGUCUUCACCAAUACGGAUUCAGGCUGCUGUGAGGACUCCCUGACCCAACAUGGCCUUCUUCCAGAACCACUUCUGGGGAGAGAAGAACACUGGAUUUGAUGUUCUUUACCACAACAUGAAGCAUGGCCAGCUGGCUACCAAGGAGCUGGCUGAGUUUGUUCGCGAGAGGGCUGCUGUCGAGGAGACCUACUCCAAAUCCAUGUGCAAGCUGUCGAAGAUGGCCAGCAGCGGGAGUCCUCAGGGGACCUUCGCCCCGCUGUGGGACGUGUUCCGGGUGUCGUCGGACAAGCUGGCGCUCUGCCACCUGGAGCUCAUGAGGAAGAUGAACGACCUGAUCCGGGACGUCAACAAGUACGGCGAGGAGCAGGGCAAGACCCACCGCAAGACGAAGGAGGAGGUGGUGGGCACCCUGGAGGCGGUGCAGGGGCUGCAGGGGCACAGCGCCCAGCUGCAGAAGGCCCGGGAGGCCUACCACUCCCGCUGCGGGGAGCUGGAGCGCCUCCGGAAGGAGUCGGCGCCGCAGAAGGAGGUGGAGAAGGCGGAGCUGAAGUCUAAGAAGGCGGCGGAGGCGCUGGCGGUCAGCAUCGAGAAGUACAACCGCGUGGGCGCAGAGUUCCAGCAGAAGAUGAGCGACUCUGCCCAGAAGUUCCAGGACAUCGAGGAGGCCCACCUGCGACAGAUGAAGCUGCUGAUCAAGGGCUACUCUCACUCCAUCGAGGACACCCACGUCCAGGUGGGCCAGGUCCAUGAGGAGUUCAAGCAGAAUGUGGAGAACAUUGGAACGGACAAUCUGCUCCAGAAGUUUGCAGAGCAGAAGGGGACGGGCAAGGAGAGACCAGCGGUGGUGAGCUUCGAGGAGUACAUGCCCGCCCUGGUGGUCGAAGGAGGGAAGAAGAGCCGGGGGAAAGCGUUCCGGAUCCCUGGCCUGGGCAGGCGGGACAAGGAGCCUGACUCCUCGGAUUCGGCCGUAAUGGAGGCACUGAACUCCCCGCUGGAUGUGGACGAGGAAGGCUUUGUGAUCCGAGCUGACGACGACCAGAACGGCUGCGCAGACAGCAAGGACAGACACUUCUACUCCAGCGACUCCGACUUCGACGACGAGGAGCCCAAGAAGUUCCACAUCCAGAUCCGCCCGGUGGCCAGCAGCCGCCACUGCACUGCCGCCGCCGAGAAGGAGCUGAAGGCCACCGUGGGGGCGCUGACCCUGCCCCCCAACCGGGCGGUGCCAGUCAAACGCCAGCUCUCCAGAGCCUCUAGCACCACAGGAGGUCACUCUGAAGGAGACGGGGAGGCUGCCGCUCACAGGGAUGGAGAGCCGGAGGGUUUACGCCGAUCAACCUCCAGCCCAGAUCACAGCAGGUUGAGCUCCACUGCCUCGGGCUCUGACAGUCUGUUCGGACCCCCGCUGGACUCCGCCUUCAGGUCCAGGUCGUUGGCCGGCCGGGAGCCGCUGAGGGAGCAGGGCGCCUUCGGGGCCUCUGAGUACGGGGCCUUCUCGUCGGACUCCUCCUCCCCAGAGAACGUGGAGGACUCUGGGCUGGACUCGCCGUCCCACCAGCCCCUGGGGCCGUCCCCGGAGCCCGUGGGCUGGGUGGCGUGGCCCCACAGUGCCCCCUACAGCAAGGAGGCCGCCCAGCAGAGCCUGGGCCGGCCCGCUGACCCCUUCCUGUCCGCCUUCCGGGACCCCUCCCCGGGGCGCGGCCCCCAGGACGGGCCCCAGGAGGCGUGGCCGGCCCCGCCCCGCUCCCCCUGGGGCCCGCCGGACCCGGACCCCCCCGCCGCCCGCCUCCCCGCCUUCGCCCAGAGCACGCCGCCGCCGGCCGCGCCGUGGGGCGCCGUCCCGGCGGGGGACCCCUUCCUGACGGCCUUCGAGAAGACGGUUGCCGCGGAGACGGCGCCCUCGCCCAGCGCCUGGCCCGCCCCGCCCCAGGAGGGGCGGGGUCCGAGGGAGGGGCGCGGGGACCCCUUCUCCGUCUCCCUCGGCGCCAACAAGACUCUGCCCCUCCCCUCCUCCUCCUCCAGGACCUCCUCCAAUCACAGAGGGCGAGAGAGGAGGCGGGACCGGAGCAUGCCGCCCCCGACGACCUCAGACGACCCGUUCGCCAUCACGAUGAUCGGCAGCCCGACGCACCAGUCCUCUCUGGCCUCCCCGGCCCCGCCCCCGGCCCCGCCCCCCAGCGGCCGGCUAGCCGCUAGCGUUAGCGCCGGGUGCCUGUCGGUAGCGCCGCCGCGGAAGGAGCUGCUCAGCUGGAACUCGGUCCACAACCCCUUCAGCGACGGCCCCCCGCCGACCCCGCCCCCGCAGGAGGAGGGAGGAAGAGGAGAGGGAGGAAGAGGACGGGGGGCGGAGAGGAGGAAGCAGCGCUCCUCCGACGGGGAGCCGCGGCGCAACGCCCCGCCCCUCACGCGCCACUCGGGGCCGCAGGAGGACCUGUGCUUCUCCACGGACAAGGACCAGGACUGCCUGGAGCUCAGCGGGCCGCCGGCCGCGGCCAGGGCCCCCCAGCAGGGCCCCCCGUCGGUCUUCAGACAGGACAGCGCUGAGCUGCUGGCCGCCGCCCCCCCCCAGCCCUCCCGCUCCAAGAGGCUGUCGGGCCGGGCCCCCGGCUCUGAAAGGUCCCGGUCGCUGUGCUCGUCGCCCCUGCCGGACCCCAGCCCCCCCUCCUCCUCCUCCUCCAGCCCCAGUGAGUGGGGGUCCCAGGCCAGGGAGGAGUGGGGGUCCAAGAAUCGAGACGUCUCGCCGCUGCCCUAUCUGCACCAGGAGCACCCCCCCAGACACUUGCACCUGUCACGAGGCCCCAGCCCCAUCUCGCUGAGCCCCCAGGACGCCUGGCCCGUGGCCGCCGCCAUCACCGAGUACAUCAACGCCUACUUUAAGGGCGGGCAGCACAACCGCUGUCUGGUGAAGAUCACCGGCGACCUCACCAUGUCCUUCCCCGCCGGAUUCACGCGCAUCUUCACAGCCAAUCCCAACACUCCUGUACUCAGCUUCCGAUUGGUCAACAUCUCCAGGGUGGACCACUUCCUACCCAAUCAGAAGCUGCUCUACAGUGACCCCUCCCAGAGCGACCCUGACUCCAGGGACCUGUGGUUCAACAUGUCGGCUCUGGAGCAGCACCUGAAGCGCGAGGCGGAGCUGAACCCCGGGGCGUCGUACUACAACGUGGGCCUGCUCAAGUACCAGGUGUCGUCCCAGGACCCGGGGCGCGCCCCCCUCCUGCUGUCGGCCGAGUGCCAGCGCAGCGGGACGGUGACGCGCGUGUCCCUGGACUACCACUGCUGCCCGGCCACCGCGCCCUCCACCCAGCUCAACGCCGUGCAGGUGCUGCUGGGGCUGGAGCCCGGGGACACGGACCUGCAGUGCCAGCCGCCCGCCACCUGGAACGCUGAGGAGAGACGUCUGCUGUGGAAGUUAUCCAACCUCUCCCCCACCAACCACAGCAAAGGCUCGGGGACCCUGUGUGCCAGCUGGCAGUGCCUGGAGGUCCCCCGCAGGCCGCCCCCCCACCUGGCGGUGCAGUUCGUGGGCUCCGGCGCCUCUCUCUCGGGGAUGGACGUGGAGCUGGUGGGGAGCCGCUACCGCAUGUCUCUGGUCAAGAAGAGGUUUGCAACAGGAAAAUACAUGGCAGGCUGCUCCCUGUGAGACGCAGCGAUCCAUCAGAACAUGUUUAUAGACGGCAGGUUCCCCAUGGACCGCUGUCAGAGGAACAAUACUGGA